ACGCUGAUUUUCAGAUGGAUCUUCCAAUUGUCUACUACGAUGAGACGGAAUGGGCGAAGACGCAUACGGGAAAUAAAGUGAAUAAGAAGCAUGCAAUUGCUGGAACACAGAAUAUUUUAAUUGCUGGAAAAACAAUAAUCGAGGAAGGAGUGACAAUUCGCGGUGAUCUGGCGACAGUUAAAAUUGGAAAAUAUUGUGUUCUAAAGUCUCGAUGUAACAUCCGUCCAUGCAUGAAAAUAUUCAGCAAAAAACCAACAAUGUGCAACGUUAUGAUUGGUGAUUAUGUAUUUAUUGAAGAAGAAUGUGUCGUCAAUGCCGCUCAAAUCUACGCAUUUGUACAUCUUGGAGCUCGUGCGGUGCUCGGAAAUGGUUGUGUGAUUCGAGAAUGUUCGAGGGUUCUUCCGGAUACUGUAGUUCCAGCGGACGCACUUUUUCCACCGUACUCAACGAUCGGCGGGAAUCCUGCUCAAGUGGUCGGCACUGAACCCCGUUGCACCGAGAACCUGAUGAUGGAGGCCAUAACGAUGUACUAUGAUAAUUUCGUACCGAAACAACGAGCUAUCGCAUAAUUUUAUUGUAAAUAAAACGGGAUGAUUUCAAUAAAUAAUUCUUAA